AAUUAAGAUAUCCGUAUCCUGGUAUCAAUUGAUCAAAGUAAUGUUACUACCACAUGACGAGAUGGGUAUCCCUUUUGAAUCUCCCGCUAUUAAGAUGGCGCUCUACGUUGCUCAGACUCUCCGCUAGGGAGCGCAUGCGUGACCUUGUGACAAGGUGACCGCCUCUAUGUCACAUAAGAAACAUCAUUCGCGCUUAGCAGGUCGUUCGAGCAUCGUCGUGCCGUUCCCAGUUCGCGAAGUCUAGUAAACGUUCGACAGAAGGUUCACCCGGCGACCCGGUUUCAAAGAUGUCCAUGUCGGACGUGGAUCACGAGAAGAGAAAGCAGAUUUCGGUGCGGGGUAUCGUUGACGUUGAGAAUGUCAGCAACUUCAAGAAGACCUUUAACAGGCAUCUCCAUUACACCCUGGUUAAGGAUCGUAAUGUUGCGACUACCCGAGAUUAUUAUUUUGCAUUAGCCCACAGCGUCAAGGACAACCUUGUCUCGCGAUGGAUUAGAACUCAGCAACAUUACUACGAAAAGGAUCCCAAGAGGAUAUACUAUCUGUCGUUAGAGUACUACAUGGGCAGAUCUUUGCAGAACACUAUGAUUAAUCUUGGGAUUCAAGGAGCUUGCGACGAAGCUAUGUAUCAGAUGGGUCUGAAUAUUGAGGAGCUUGAAGAACUCGAAGAUGAUGCUGGUCUCGGUAAUGGAGGAUUGGGAAGAUUAGCUGCAUGUUUCCUAGACAGUAUGGCUACUAUAGGACUGGCAGCUUAUGGCUAUGGUAUAAGAUACGACUAUGGUAUCUUUGCUCAGAAAAUUAAGAAUGGCGAACAAGUCGAGGAGCCUGAUGAUUGGCUUCGUUAUGGAAAUCCGUGGGAAAAGGCACGUCCGGAAUUUAUGCUUCCGGUGAACUUUUAUGGUCACGUCAUUGAUACUCCCGAGGGCAAGAAGUGGGUGAACACGCAGGUCGUAUUCGCUAUGCCCUAUGAUAAUCCUAUUCCUGGAUACAAUAACAAUAUUGUUAACACGCUGAGACUGUGGUCCGCCAAGUCACCGAUUGAGUUCAAUCUCAAGAUCUUUAACGACGGCGACUAUAUACAAGCUGUUAUUGAUCGUACCCUGGCCGAGAAUAUUUCCAGAGUUCUCUACCCCAAUGACAACUUCUUUGAGGGUAAAGAACUUCGUCUGAAGCAGGAGUACUUCAUGGUGGCAGCUACUUUGCAAGAUAUCAUCCGGCGUUAUAAAUCUAGUAAAUUUGGCUCACGAGAUCAUCAUAGGACAGACUUUGAUUCCUUCCCUGACAAGGUCGCUAUUCAAUUGAACGACACGCACCCGUCACUGGCGAUUCCCGAACUCAUGAGGAUCUUUCUUGACGUCGAGGGUCUUCCGUGGGAGAAGGCUUGGGAUAUCACUACACGUACUUGUGCGUAUACAAAUCACACCGUACUUCCAGAAGCUUUGGAACGCUGGCCAACCAGUAUGCUCGAGAGCAUCCUGCCUAGACAUUUGCAGAUCAUCUAUCAUAUAAAUUUCCUUCAUCUUCAGGAAGUCUCCGCUAAAUAUCCUGGUGACUUGGACCGUUUACGUCGUAUGUCACUGGUUGAAGAAGACGGUGAGAAGAGAAUCAACAUGGCUCAUCUGUCAAUUGUAGGAAGUCAUGCGAUCAACGGUGUCGCUUGGAUUCACUCUGAAAUUCUUAAGAAGAGCGUCUUCCGUGAUUUCUAUGAAAUGACGCCAGAUAAGUUCCAGAAUAAGACAAAUGGUAUCACUCCAAGAAGAUGGCUGUUGCUCUGCAAUCCUAAUCUGUCUGACAUAAUUGAAGAGAAAAUUGGUAGCGAUUGGACGGUGCAUUUGGAGCAGCUUCAGCAGCUGAAACAAUGGGCCAAAGAUCCUUCCUUCCAGCGAGAUAUCAUUAAAGUCAAACAAGAGAAUAAACUCCGUUUAGCUCAACUCUUGCAGAAAGAUUAUGGUAUUAAGAUCAAUAGUGCGUCCAUCUUUGACAUUCAGGUUAAACGUAUUCACGAGUACAAACGUCAGUUGUUGAACUGUCUACACAUUAUCACACUGUACAAUCGUAUCAAGAGGGAUCCAUCUGCUCCGUUUGUGCCAAGGACGAUAAUGAUCGGUGGCAAAGCUGCACCAGGUUAUCACUUGGCCAAGAAGAUCAUUAAGUUGAUCUGCAGUGUUGGUAAUGUGGUAAACAAUGACCCAAUAGUCGGAGAUAAACUGAAGGUUAUCUUCUUGGAGAAUUAUAGAGUCACGUUGGCUGAAAAAAUAAUUCCUGCAGCCGACUUGAGCGAGCAGAUCUCGACUGCAGGUACUGAGGCUUCAGGAACUGGAAACAUGAAAUUCAUGCUGAACGGUGCUCUGACCAUCGGAACACUGGAUGGUGCGAAUGUAGAGAUGGCUGAAGAAAUGGGACGCGAAAAUAUCUUUAUCUUUGGCAUGACUGAAGAAGACGUUCAAGCAUUACAGAAGAAAGGAUAUAACGCGUACGAUUAUUAUAACAAAUUACCAGAGGCGAAGCAGUGUAUUGAUCAAAUCCAAGGAGGAUUCUUCAGUCCGAGCAAUCCUGAUGAAUUCAAGGAUAUUGCUGAUGUUCUCCUUAAAUGGGAUAGGUUCUAUCUCCUUGCUGAUUAUGAGAGUUACAUUAAGACUCAAGAUGAAGUCAGUAAAGUUUACCAGGAUGAAACCAAAUGGGUAGAGAUGGCGAUUCACAAUAUCGCGUCCUCAGGCAAAUUCUCAUCGGACAGGACGAUCGCCGAUUACGCCCGUGAUAUCUGGGGAGUAGAACCAACUUGGCAACGACUUCCGGCGCCUCAUGAGCCUCGUGAUAUUUAAACAAUAGAUAUUACAUGAAAUAUACUCGUCAGAUAUCAUUAAAAAUGUCUAUUGCGUCCAUAACAUGCGGCAGCUCAGGCGGACGGAUUUUCAUGUGGGGUAAAAUGCGAUUCCAUUUCUUUUCCUCGUCAUGACAAUCCCUCGAGGAAAACUGGAUUUUAAUCUCAACGAAUAACGCAAGAGAACUUUGCGACUGGCGAAUUGGGAUUACAUACUGGAUCAAAAUCACAUGGAUAUUGUAUAUUUCAUACGAUGAAAAAAGCAACAAUAUUAAGCGACUAAGAGAUCUCAGCGAAAUUUUGCUGUACUUUACUGCCUCCUACAAUAUAAUAAAAGGUUUAAUCUGUCAAACCGCGAUGACAGUACUAAGAUAGCAUGAUACAUACAAAUAAAAUUCGCGAAUUCGUACAUGAUAACGGAAAGAACUCUAUUCACAACGAUAAUCGCGAAUAUCUUGUUUCUAGUUAUUGUAGAUUACAAAAUUGUUCUACAUAUUCGCACAGCCGUUUGGCGAGAAUAAAAUUUCAAAUAUUUUGUUGUCUUUCGUGAAUCUUUAAAUCGCAUACGAAUAUUAACGUUAUUAGAGAGAGAUUAUAAACUAUCUCAUGUUAUCACGGAGAUAUGUAUUACUAGUAGAUCACAGGCGUAAACGUGUUCCGUAUGUGCUGUUCAAAAAGUUUUUAUUAGUUAUAAUACCAGUGAAUUGCCGUUAUCGCUAUGGAAAGGGCUUCCGAUCAAAAUAAUUUCAUUUUAAUAAAUUAUGGUUUGGCGCGCAACGUA